GAUGACUCAGAGCUGGGGGGAGUAUUGGGCGUCUAGAGCGCCGAGCGCGAUGACGCGGGCUUCGGUUCUGGUUGACCGCAAAGCCUACCGCUACGCAACACUUGAAGUUGCACCCCUUGAUACAUACAUUCACAAACUGCACAGGGGGAAUAGAGUCAAAGCCACACAACUGAUUGCUUUGCCGUUUGCGCGGGCGACCCCUCGUGCUCCGCUUGUGCCAUGGUCUUGAGACCACGGGCUCCAUGAGAGAUUUAGAAGGCUUUUGCAAUAGGCUCAGCUCGAGGAGAGACCUCCACCCGGACAUCGAGUUGGUCGCGUUCGGAAGGCGCUACCCUGCGCACAAAGUCAUUCUUGCAUCACAGAGCACGUAUUUUGACGUGCUGCUAAGAUGGCUGAGCGAGCGGUCGUCGUCGUCCGCCUCCAGGACCACUCAGCAGCGGUCACCCGUCGGUGACGACACAGCUCAGGAUGGUCCUCCGCAGCACGAACUGGCACUGGGCGAGGACGUUACGCAGAAAGGCUUCGAGUGGAUCCUGGACUACUUCUAUGCCAGCCCGCACACCGGCAUCACCGGCGACAACGCGCUUGACGUGCUGGCGGCGGCGCACUACCUGGGAGUGGGGCCGGUGCAGAGCGCCUGCGUCAACUUCCUGGCGCAGCACCUGGACCCGACAAACUUGAGCGCCUGCCUGGCCUGGGCCACCCGCGCCGACCACGGCGAGGCCAGUGACAUGCUGGGCGCCGCCUGCCGCCGCCUGCUGGCCCUGCGGCUGCCGGCGGAGCUAGGCGCGUGGGGCCCGGCGCUGCCGCACAUCGAGCCGCGCUGCCUGGUGGAGAUUGUGGGCUGCGACCAGCUGGCGGUGGCGGGGGAGUAUGAGCGGUACCAGCUGGUUAAGCGAGUGGCGGAGCUGUGCGCGGCGUCGCCGGCGUCAGGCACCCGCCGCAGCAGCCUUGACGACCCCGAGCAGCAGCAGCAGCAGCAGGCGCGCCGCAGCACCAGCAGCGGCAUGAGCACUAGCAGCGGCGGCGGGGGCGGCAAUGCACUCGCGGCAGCGGCAGGGCCUCCUGGUGCCGGGCGGGAUAGCCGCCGCGCCAGCGGUGCGGGCGGCGCGGCGGCUGAGGAGUGCGGCGAGGGCGGCGCGUGCGGUGGCCGGGAUGAGGGCGAGGCGGCGCUGCAGCGGCUGCUGAGCUCGGCCCUCAACCUGCCAGAUGACGGCCAAUUGGCGCGCCAGCUGCAGCUGCUGCGGCCCUGCAGUCCGCCGGCUGACGGCGGCUCCGCCGCCGGCCCCUCCGCACCCGCCGCUGCUGCCGCGCACCUGCAGCCCCAGCCUGGUGCCGCCGCGCCGCCGCAGCUGGCGGUGCUGCAGCCGCCUCAGCUGCCAGCGCUGCGUACCUCGGCUUUCAUGCCUGCCAGCGCCUUCGGCUCCGCACCCGCCGGCGGCGCGCUGCUGUGUGCGUCGCCGUCGGAUUGCGGCAGCGUGCUCGGCAGCAGCGGCUUCGGCGGCGCCUUUGGCGCCAGCCACACGCUGGGUGGCGGCGGCGGCGGCAUGAGCACGCUCGUGUCUUCGUCGACGACCACCGCCGGCUGUAGCAGCACAUCGUCGGCUCGCAACACGCUGCGAAUCUGGGACUCGCUCAACUUUGGCGUCAGCGAGGCGGCGGGCGGCGAGGGCGACAGCGGCAGUGGCGACGGCAGGGCGCGCUCUUCGGGCGGCGCCGGCGGCGGCGUGGCUUCGCUGCCGGGCUGCGACUCGGUGAUGCUGGCGGCGGUGUACGGCUCCGAAGGCGCGGGCUUGGGCUUGGGGUUGGAGGAGGACGUGGUGGGCACGCCGCUUGCAACGGAUGGCGCAGGGGGCCCUGCGGGCCUGCCGGACCUGUCCCGGCUGGAGCUCACGGACGCGCUCGCGGCGGCACCGGCACCGCCGCAACAGCACCAGCAGCGCAGCCUGCUGCAGCCGCAAAUGGUGGCGCACGAGCAGCAGCAGCAACAGCAGCAACAGCACUCGCCGCCCUCCACCGCCCUUGCGCUCGCCGCCCCCUCCAUCAGCACCAGCAGUAGCAGCAGCGCAACCACUGCCACUGCCGCCGCGCUGGCAGCCUCCCGGCUGGCGCUGCUGUGUGAGGCGGUUCGGUUCGAGCACUUCACUGUGCCGCAGCUGAUGGCGGUGCAGGCGGAGGGGCUGGUGCCGCCGGCCCUGCUGCACGCCGCGCUGUGGCAGCGCACCUGCCUGGACCUCCACAUACACCAGCGCGCCACGGCAGCCGCUCCUGACGGUGCUGGUGGUGGUGCCGCUUCCUUGGACACGCCGCGGGCGGGCCAGCAGGCGCAGCAGCAGGGUUUGCAGCAGGGCCACCGGCCGUUCCGCAUGUGCUGGCGGCUGCACUGCGGCGCGAUCAAGAAGCUGGCGGCGGGUGACAUGCUGCAGUCGGAGCCGCAACAGUAUGCCGGCGCGCUGUGGCAGGUGCGGCUGACGUGCCGUGACAAGGACGCAGCACGCGGCCACCUGGGCCUCUACCUAGGCCGACACCUGGUGCCGGCCGGCAGCUCCACCGGGAGUGCUGGCGGCUCGGGUGGUGCAGGCGGCGGCCAGCUGACACCGCGGCGGCGUGAUGGCGGCGGCGGCGGGCAGCGGCCGCCCAUGCCGCGCCAGGGCUACGGCUACGGGCAGCAGUACCCGCACAACCGGCAGGGCCCGCGGCAGCACCAGCCGCCGCUGCCGCCACUGCAGCAGCCUCGCGGCAACUCGCCGCCACAACACCCGCGUCAGCAGGCGCACCAGCCCCAACCCCAGCAGCAGCAGCAGCAGCAGCAGCAACAGCAGCAGCGGCAAGAGCAGGCGAUUGCAGCCCCUUCCUCCGCACAACAGUUCUUUGCAUUCACCGACCGCCACCCGGCCCUGCCCAGCCGCUGCCGCCUGACCGUCUACCAGACCGACAAUCGGGCGCUGGCCGGGCGGCUGUGCCUGGGCGACAGCGGCGACUUCGAGUCGGCCUUCGCGGCGGGCGGCUUCUUCGGCGCGGGCCGCCUGCUGGCACGCGCCGACCUGGAGGCGCUGCCCGAUGAGGCUGACGUGCUGGUGUUCGUGUCGCUACAGGCCGAGCUGAGCCCGGCGCCAGGGGCCGCAGCCGCGGCGGGUGCGGCGGGCGGGGCCUUGGGCUCGGUGCCGGAGCAGACGGAGGCGGGCGAUGCGCCGGCAGCGGCGCAAUAGCGUGCUAGCCGCGCGAUGUGGGAGGGAAUCACAAGAGCGGCAGCUGGCGUGUGGACGGGCGUGAUACCGGACUGCAGUAGGUGGGGAACAAGAGUUGCGGCGGCUUACUGCGCGUUGUGGUGACAGCUGAGGCGAAUGCGCUCGUACGUGGACGGUUUUCAUGUGAAGGAAGGAGCUUGUUACGGCAGCGCUUGCUUUGAUUCAGCAAUUUGCAGGGAGAGUGCUGCGGGGCCUUUCAUUGCAUACCGAUGAAGAAGGGAGGACGGACAGAAGCAACAGCUGGGUGCAAAAGCAGGUGGCAGGGAGCUUGCCGGGAGAUUGCCACGGUACUGCUCUUAGGUGGAAGCGCAGCAACCAGAAAUUGUUUGGUAUGAUCAGAUGGGUGUCAGGUUGCUUCUUCGUUGCACACGUGCGGCAUGCGCGGUGUCUGUGCCUUCCGCUAACAUGCCUAGGCGUGCGCCGUAUUGCUGCCGCCGGCUGUUGUAAAGCGGCGGGCGCGAAUGCCAAGCACCGCCGCUGCUUACUCAUGCACCUAACAAAAGAAGAUUGGCGGGGCUUACUGGUCCAAGCAUGAAUCGCAAGGAUUUGGUUGCGGCUCCUGCCACGGCAGCAGCGUGUGCUUGUGGCUGUGGCAAGAUUGGGUUGGCGGUUGAAGUGACUGACGUGCGGCCUGCGAUAGAGGUUUGAUUCUUGCAUCAUCAGGUUGGGAGAUUCGUCGGAAGGGCUGUGGGGCUGAGGGUACAGGAGAUGGUUGGGAAGCUGGUGGGCCUGGCGUGCGGGCAACGGCAGCACGUGCAUGGGCCGCCGUAGGUGGCAGGUGGUGCCGGACAGGACCCGCCAAGCAUGCCUCGGUUUGUGCGGAGGCCUCGCUCGUCGGGUUUUGAAUACACGAAGCAUGGGGCUAUGAUGCCGCGGACAUGCAACUGUGCUGCUGCAUCCCUGCACCGCAUGCAUGCAUGGAGCAAGGUGGAGAAGGAGGCGCGGACGACCUGAUGCGUCCAGCAGAUGCAAGAGGAGGAUGUGUGGAGGGAUGGGAGAGCUGGUUUAUAACAGGAAGGUGGCCAGCUGACGGUGAUGCCCGCGACUGGCUGGGCAGGAAUGUACAACAAUACGUAAACGGCAAGAGAAACCCGGGCGACAGAACGAUUCUGCGUACCACAUAAACCACAGGUGUACAGGCAGUCUGGCGCGCUAGCAUAGGCCGAUUUGGUAAUGGUUUGCAUGGUGGUGCAGGGCUGCUCACGAUGAAUGCGCACGAUGCAAGAGCGGGGGCACAAAGAGAGACACAUCGAGUGAGAGAGCACGAGAAGGUCAGGUCGAGCGGUAUGUUGGCGCUCCCUGCCAGAUUCUUGGUUGGUUGGUUUUACGUUUUGAGUUCGUAAGACGGUGAUAGGAGAGCCGCUGAUCAAUCGCGGGAUGUCACUAAGAUUACUACAAAAGGGGCCGGGCCGCGCGUGCUUGGCGUGGGCGUGCCAGUCGCAGUGCCGUUUCUGUUGCUGUGCAUGGUCGAUGUGAAGUGGGAUGUAUCAUUGUUGAGUGCGGAAACACAGUGAUGGGCAUCUGGUUUUGGUCGAGUGUGUGCCGCGUGAUUGGAGUCGACGGCCGAGAGACCGGAACCGAGAGAGCAACGGCGCGCUUGAUGUCACGUCAUGAACAGCCGCCAUCUUCUUUGGAUUGAUUGUGGGCCUGGAUUGCAAGGCACACUGCCUGGCGGUAGGUAUAGAGAAGAGAGCGUCAUUUUGGUGACAAGGAUCCUCGCUACUUCCCGUCGCAGACUCACGGUGCACCAGGGUAGUAUGGGCGGAGGCCUUGUGGCGACGAGGGAAUGCCACUACACGCGUGCGCAUUCUUCCGUUUGCUAAAUCGAACCCGUUUGACCAGAGUUGCGGUUGGCCGUUGACAGUAGAGCGCAUGCGUGGCGUGAUGUUCUUAGUAGGCAGUGCAACUUUUGGUGACGUGGUGUGUACAGUGCUCCUGCCUAUCUGCCAGAGACAGGGGCAGAGCAGCGACGGCGCGGUGGCGCGGGAGGGAGGCGACAUUGGCACUUCCCCUCCUGGCUCUCGUGCGCAGGCGUUGUUGUCACAGGCGUAGAGUGCAGGUUGAGGCAUCGGCGUGUGGCGCGUUGUGCGGUUGCACAGGGAACGGGAAGCUGGACAGAGGAUAAGCCCAUGCAAAGCACACCGUGCGUGUGGGCGUGGUGCCGGGCGAUAAGGAAGCUGCUGACCACAUCGAAAUGGAGCAGCGUGCGAACUGUAACAGUCGGUCGGGCAUCGGACAUGACGCCUGGCUGCCGGUGGUGAGCUUUGGCUCAGUUCGAAUUCAUUACCGC